AUGUGGCGCCUGCCCAAGACCAGCUUGAAUGCUUCCGGGGUAGCUAAUCAGAGCAGGAGCCGAGACAUCUCUGAUUCUGAGGACCUGCACCACGACAUUGCUCGUGACAUUGGCCAGCAGGUGGAGGUCAUGAUUCUUGAUGCAAAGCAUGCGUCCGAAACGAAAGUGGGAAAGGAGAUCACAAAGAUCAAGGGCAAGAUGGAGGCCAUGGCCGAGAAGAUCAAGAUGAUCAACGAGCGUGUUGCCGGCAUUGAGCCAGGCAGAAAUGGCCUUCUCAAGGCAUGGCCGGAACAUGCCAUUGCUUCCUUCUCCGGGUGGGAGCAGCGGAUCCCCUGA